CCUCCUCCGGGGGAAGCGCGCACUGCCAGAGCGGGCGGAGUCGGAAGCGCGCAGCAGCAGCGUCGGUCCGUCGUGUCUGCGGCUCCGCGGUUCUCUCGUCUCGGUCUCGGAUCCUCCGGGGAGCGGCGUCUUCUUCCAACCCGCAGGAAAGCGGCAGAUCUUCGGCCUUUGCGGACGGACGCGCACGGAAAGGCGGCGCGGAGGAGACGGACCCGGCUCGGCUCGGCUCUUCCUCCCCCGGCUGCGGUGGAAAAACCCGGACGGAGGCCCGCAGUGUGCGCUCAGCCUCCCGCAGGCCUCCGGCCCGGACUCCCGCUUUUGUCCCGGAAAAUGGACGGAUUCACGGGCAGCUUAGAUGGUGUUACCUGUCUCACUGCAGAUGACAGUAUGUCUGGAGCCAGUGUCUCAGAUGUCAAUGACCGUCUGUCUGCUCUGGAGCUUCGUGUCCAGCAGCAGGAAGACGAGUUGACAGUGAUGAAAGCCGCGCUUGCUGACGUCCUUCGCCGCCUGGCCGCGUCUGAAGUCUCUGCAGCGUCCUCCAAGAAACAACAUGGAAGCAAAGGUGGUCCUGCACUUCGUGAAGCGUACUCCAUGUCCUGUAUCGCUAACGGAGGAACUCCGGGACGAAAAAGAGACUCCACCUCCGUCACCAGGAAGGAGACGGUGUCAUCAGCUGCCAAAAGUGGAGCAGACAGGAAGAAGGAGGUCAGCAGCCAGCGGUCUCUGAUGGAGGAGAUCCAGGAGCGUGAGGAGCCUCCUCGUCCAAAGGACCCGUCCCCCUCUCCCUCCUCCCCCCACCACCCUCAGACCCCCCCGCACCCCACAGAGCCAGCCCAGUCCGCCGACAGCAGCAAAGGCCACACCCCCCCCAAAAGGGGUCCCAGUGUAAAGCGGUCUUCAGGUAUCGAACGCUCUCAGAGCAGUACGUGGGACACUUCAGAGGAGAACCGGAACAAACUGGUUAAAGCGGCGUCCACGUCCAAGCUGCUCGCCAAAGUGGUCAAAAACGCAGAGAAACACAAAGACCCGGUGGUCAGUCAAGCCAAAAUGUCAACAAGAGAGAAAAACAGCCAAGCUGAGGGAAACCACAUCAAGAUGUUCAUGCGAGGUCGACCGAUCACCAUGUUCAUCCCAUCAGACGUCGACAACUACGACGACGUGCGGACAGAGCUGCCGUCAGAGAGACUCAAGCUGGAGUGGGUGUAUGGUUACCGUGGCAGAGACUGCCGAGCCAACGUUUAUCUCCUGCCGACCGGAGAGAUUGUUUACUUCGUCGCCUCGGUUGUGGCAUUGUUUAACUACGAGGAGCGGACGCAGAGACAUUACCUCGGACACACCGACUGCGUCAAGUGUUUGGCGAUCCAUCCUGAUAAGAUCCGGAUCGCUACGGGACAGAUCGCAGGCGUGGACAAAGACGGACGGGCGCUGCAGCCUCAAGUUCGGGUCUGGGACAGCGUCAGUCUGUCGACUCUGCAGGUCGUCGGUUUGGGAACAUUUGAACGAGGCGUCGGCUCGCUCGCUUUCUCCAAAGCUGACUCAGGUCAGCACCUGAGUGUCAUUGACGACUGUAACGAUCACAUGUUGACCGUCUGGGAUUGGCAGAAGAAGUCAAAGAUCGCAGAGAUCAAGACCACUAACGAGGUUGUCCUGGCCGUGGAGUUCCACCCCACCGACCCAAACACCAUCGUCACCUGUGGGAAGUCCCACAUCUUCUUCUGGACCUGGACUGGGACCUCGCUGGCUCGUAAACAGGGAAUCUUUGGGAAAUACGAGAAGCCGAAGUUCGUCCAGUGUCUUGCCUUCCUGAGUACCGGAGACAUCCUGACCGGAGACUCCGGAGGAAUCCUGCUGGUCUGGACCAGGAGCUCUGCUGAGACUCCGACCGGGAAGGGACCCAGAGCGUUUCAGAUCAGCCGGCAGGUCAAAGGUCAUGAAGGCAGUGUGUUCUGUAUGUGUGAGAUGAGGAGCGGCACUCUGCUGACCGGAGGAGGCAAAGACAGAAAGAUCAUCCUGUGGGACCACGACCUGAGGGCGGACCGCGACAUCGAGGUCCCGGAUCAGUACGGAACCAUCCGAGCCGUGUCCGAGGGGAAGGGAGACGAGUUUCUGGUGGGAACUUCUCGUAACUUCAUCCUGAGGGGAACCUUCAACGACGGAUUCCUGGUGGAAGUCCAGGGUCACACAGACGAACUGUGGGGGUUGGCGUCUCACCCGUCCAGGAACCUCUUCCUGACAUGCGCUCAGGACCGGCUGGUCUGCCUCUGGGACUCUGUGGAUCACAGUCUGCAGUGGAGCCGCAUGCUGGAGGAACAUGGACACUGUGCAGACUUCCAUCCCAGCGGAGCCGUGGUCACCAUAGGAACCCACUCAGGAAAGUGGUACGUCCUGGAUGCUGAGUCCACCGACCUGGUGGCGAUCCACACUGACGGGAAUGAGCAGCUGUCUGUGAUGCGCUUCUCUGUAGAUGGCAGUCUGUUGGCCGUUGGUUCUCAUGAUAACUUCAUUUACCUCUACACCGUCUCUGACCGAGGACGGAAGUACAGCCGCUACGGGAAGUGCACCGGACAUUCCAGCUACAUCACACACCUGGACUGGUCACCUGACAACAACUUCAUCAUGUCCAACUCCGGAGACUACGAGAUCCUCUACUGGGAUGUUCCAAACGGUUGUAAACUGAUCAGAAAUCGUUCAGAGUGUAAAGACAUCGACUGGGCGACGUACACCUGUGUACUCGGAUACCACGUGUUCGGUGUUUGGCCGGAGGGCUCAGAUGGCACCGACAUCAAUGCUCUGAUCCGAUCUCACAACAGGAAGGUGAUCGCUCUCGCCGACGACUUCUGUAAAGUUCACCUGUUUGCCUACCCGUGCUCCACCCCCAAGGCUCCCAGCCAUAAGUACAGCGCCCACAGCAGUCAUGUGACCAACGUCAGUUUCCUGUAUAAGGACAGUCACCUGAUCUCGACAGGCGGGAAGGACACGAGCAUCAUGCAGUGGCGUUUGGUGGAGAAGUCUUCGCUUUCUCUCACCGACGGCCUCCUCUCCAACUCCGCCCCCCACCGGGUGGACCCUGUCUUCACCACGCCCACGCAGGACCCUGUCCCUCCCCCAACGACCAACGGGACCCAGGAACCGUCCCCAGACACGCCCCCUCUGACAGAGCUGAACCCACCUGCGUCCGAGUUGACCCCGCCCCACUCCGAGUCGACCCCGCCCCCCUCGGACAGCACGGUGAGUCUGAAGGACAGCCUGGAGCCAAGUGAUGACACGGCCACGCCCAGCGACGAGGGCCUGCCCCCCCUCACCCCCCCCUCAUAGACCUACCCGGUGUGUGUGUGUGACUGUUCUGGUACAGCUAUCUUUGUGAGGACCAGGCAGGGUGUUACACCUUGUGAAGACGUUGUUACAAAGUGAGGACGUCACUUUGACCUCAGACCAGGUCUGAGUUCAGCUUAGGAUUAAAGGUUAGACAGGUAGCUGUGACGGUUAAGACAGAGUUCAAACAAUCCGAUACCUAACUGAGCGAAAUGUGAACAUAUGAUUCAGUGUGACAUCACUUCCUGGGGACAUCAUGAUGUCACCCAGAAUAAACCUCAUAAAUCCACUUAGAGAAGACGCUUUGUAACGUGCCAAUACAUCCAUGAGUUCAAUGCUAACAGGAGCUGCUAACUGCUAACUCGGCUAACUGCUAAUUCAGCUAACUGCUAACAGAGGCUAACUGCUAACGGAGGCUAACUGCUAACGGAGGCUAACUGACUACACAUUCAAUAGAAUCAGUUCUCAGUGUCCACGAAGAGGGCGGUGUUAGAGGACAUGCAUUAUGUCUGUGAGGGUCCUCACAAGUAUAGAAGUACGUGUGUGUGACAGGUGUAGGUGUGUGUGUGACAGGUGUAGUUGUGUGUGUGACAGGUGUGAGUGGAGACUCAAACCUGUGGCUGCAGGGUCACAUGGUUUCUUCUCAUCAGUCAGCUGUUUAAAUAAACGUUCCUUCAGUUUGAUCAAACAUGUGACGUCACACAUGGAAACACCUGGAGAGUUGAUUUACCUGAGCAGAGAUGGGGGGGGGUGGAGUUACCUGACACACACACACACACACACCUGUCACACCUGGAUCCGUAAACAUUUUAGACGUUUGGUUGUAAAGAGAGGACAGGUGUGAACACCUGAACCAGGUGAUGAAGAUGAAACAAAACACUCCAUAAAAUCUAAAACUUGCAGGUGAGCCAGGUAACUCUCUCUGCACCAAUCAGAGCAGAGCAGGACAAGUAUCAGAGGACCCGCAACAUAAAAGACUUUUAGUAAUUUGUUUUUUAAAUUCUGUUUUAUUGUGUUUAAAAUCUGAUUAUUGAUGAUUGAUCAAAGGAAACUUGUGCACGACCUUUCACAAUAAAAGCCUUCCAGGAAAGGAGGACUUUUAUUGUGAAAAGUACAGUAAAUCCGAGCUGGGUGACAAAAUAUUCACUGAUUUUAAAAACUAUGACUCCCAUGGUGCAUUUCACCAACAGCCCGGUUCAGAGUCCAGUCUUAGUUCAGCCUGGUCUUUCUCACCUGAGACAAGUGAGUGCUAAAA